GAGAGAUGGGUAUGCAUAUGGGUGGACAUGUAUAUAUGUUGUAUAUAUACAUGACAUUAAAUGAUGGAGUGAGCAACAACAAGAGUGUCUGUUAGAACAUCAGUUUAAUUUGCAUUUCUCAAAAAACAAAACAAAAAAUACAACAAGAAGGCAAAAAAGAGUGAAAGAAUUAAAGAGCAGAAAACGCCUAUCAGUUUGAUUAUUUUCUUCUCUUGCGAAUUUCCGGAUUCUUAUUGUCUCUCUCUCUCUCUCUUCAAAUACUUCUCUCUUGGUUGUUUCUUAUCUCUGUUAUUACUACAUCAGAAACUGCUGAACUGGCCAAGAGAGGUUGACUUCUAUUUCUUCAAUCUCUUUAGUACAAUAUUUAUUUCCCGGGGAAAGAAGAAUUAGCACAAGAGAGUUGUGGAUUUUCAUUCAAGAUUUGCGAGCUGCGACGGCGGAAGAAGAAGAAUAAUCUUUUUUUCCCGGAAAAUUACUAGAUGGCCGCUGCUCCGUCGUCGGUUCCGUUUUUCGGAAGCGGUAGAGAUUUACAAGAAAAUCAAAGCCAAAUGACGUCGCAGCAACCUUCCAGCUCCACUGCUCUCACAUCCUCAUCAAUUUCCAACUCCACCCCUACAGCUCCUCCCAAGAAAAGAAGAAAUCAAUCACAAUCAAAUGCGGAUGCGGAGGUGAUAGCGUUGUCUCCGAAGACUCUGAUGGCGACUAACAGGUUCAUAUGCGAGGUAUGCAACAAAGGGUUUCAAAGGGAGCAGAACCUGCAGCUCCACAGGAGAGGACAUAACCUGCCAUGGAAGCUGAAGCAGAAGACAAACAAGGAGCCGAAGAGGAAGGUCUUCCUUUGCCCCGAGCCGACGUGCGUCCACCACGACCCGUCGCGGGCCCUCGGAGACCUCACCGGAAUCAAGAAGCACUACUCGCGGAAGCACGGCGAGAAGAAAUGGAAGUGCGAGAAGUGCUCAAAGAGAUAUGCCGUACAGUCCGACUGGAAAGCCCAUUCCAAGACAUGUGGUACUAGAGAAUAUCGAUGCGAGUGUGGCACUCUCUUCUCCAGGCGUGACAGUCUAAUUACUCAUAGAGCAUUCUGUGACGCACUUGCUCAGGAGACUGCAAGGCAUCCAGCAAGCUUAAACACCAUAGGUGGUCACCAGAUCUACGGUAACAGCCACGUGAACUUAAGCCUUUCACAGAUUGGUUCCCAAUUUUCUUCACUACAAAAUCACCCAUCAAGCAGCAUCUUAAGGUUGGGAAGCACAACUGUGACAACUCCAAAAUUAGAGCACCUUAUUAAUCCAUCAUCAAACCCUUCUUCUUUUGGAAACCCUCCACAGAAUAAUUUUCCCACCUCGGCAUUUUUCAACAUCCCAGAAUCCCCUAACCAGAAUUUCCAACAUCAUCACCAAUCCGAUCAUCACCAUCAUAAUCAGCCAUUUUUUAGUAACAAACCAUUACAUGUUCUCACUCAACUUCCUGAUCUUCAACCAAACAACAACAACUCAUCCAGCUCCGACCUCUUUAACCUCGGAUUCUUUUCCAACGUCGACGGGAACGGAACGGGAACCAACCAUGGAACAACAAUCUUCUCCACUAGUCAUGUCGGCGGCGACCACAUUGUCGGUUCGGGCAUGUCGUCUUCUCUCUUAUACAGCGACAUUAACAACUCGGUGAGGCAGGAGAACCUUUCCCCACAAAUGUCCGCGACGGCCUUGCUCCAAAAGGCGGCACAAAUAGAAUCAACCUCAAGCUUGGUUGACGCCUCCUCUUUGCUAAGAAGCUUGCGCGACUCGGCAACAAGAGCAGCUGUGAAAUCCGAAAGGGAUCAGCUCAACAUUGCUUCCUCUAGCUCUUUUGGAACUGGUGAUCCCACAAUGGGAAAUGAAAGUCAUCUCCAAGGGUUCAUGAACUCUCUAGCCAAUAAUGGAAGCUCUUCCAACGCUUUUGGAGGGUUUAACGGAGAUGGGAUUUCUCUGGAACAGCGUCAAGACAACAGAAAUUUAAGCGACUUGGACGAGACUAACAAGUUGCAUCAGAAUUUGGGUAUGCAUUUUGGAGAGUCUGAUAAACUGACGUUGGAUUUUCUUGGAGUUGGAGAAAUCGUGAGAAACAUGCAAGGUGGUGGAAUCGGUGGUAUGGGUUCUUUAGACCCACAGUUGAAGUCAACACAGCAAAGUCAACUGUUUGGAGGGACGACACUUCAAUGAAAAUAACUUGGGAAGACUUUUAAAGACAAUAACAAAAUUCGGUGUUCGGAUGAGACUUUCUGUUUGAUAUUAAGGAAAUAUAACUGCAAAUUCAGUAGUAGUUCAAUAAUUAGCUUUAGUCUAAACCUUUUUUUAACACGUUAACGUUUCAUCUCGUAUUGCUUAUGUGAAGCCUUGGGGCUAGUUAAUUACUUUCAAUAUUAUUUG